GCCUACAUGACGCCGCAGAACAGCACACACACUCUCACACAGCUGAAGUCAGGCUCCAAACUGGGGAGAAAGACCACCGCUGUACACGGGGAGACACGGAACGAAAAGCCCGUCAGUGUCUGAUGGAACUGGAGGAGCUGAAUGGAAGAAGGAAACAACCUAUGUGAGCUUUAAAGAAAAUCAAGAAGGACGCAAGAGGCCAGAAAAAAUGAGGAGUACAGAAUUUUAAAAAAGUUGCAUGCGGGAAAGUGCAUUGAUGCCUGUAGUCAUUAUUAACAGUCCUUGGAAUGGAAUAGGGUGCAGCUGGAGGUCAGUGGCAGAAAGAGGCUGUUACCAAGACAAAAUGAGACGCACUCAAGGCCAGUUAAGCUGAAAGAAAAAAAAAAAAAAACCUUUCAAAGAUUUUGUUUUCUACCAAGGUGACUCAUUAUUGUUAUUUAGAGCCACCUCUGCUGGACUGUCACCUUUAAAUUGGACAUUUCAGUCACUCCCAGACUAAAUCCACUCGUGCUUUGGACAGCUGUUACAGUGAAAAUGAUCCACAACACCCUUAAGUCUACACCGUUGCAGGAGCACAGCCCCAGGAUUGCCCACUCGGCCGCACGAAGGAGGCUGUGGAGGUACUCGGGCUGCAGAGGGUCCGGCCCUGUGGAAAGUCAGCGGCACAGUGUGUGUGUUCUGUCUGCAGACCUGAACCCUGGAACCAGAGCAGCAGCAGGAGGAGGAGGUGGAGGUGUGAUUCACACAAUCCAUGGACUGUGCCACCUCUGCAUUGGAUGUAGACUGCCUCAGGUGACCAUCCUUCGAGGAAAGGAUGGAUACGGCUUCACCAUCUGCUCAGAUUCCCCCGUGAGGGUUCAGGCUGUGGAUCCAGGAGGUCCAGCAGAUCAGGCAGGUCUGCAGCAGUUGGAUACCCUCCUGCAGCUGAACGGUCAGCCAGUGGAGCAGUGGAAGUGUGUGGAUUUAGCACAUGCUAUCAGAAACAGCGCCAAUGAAAUCACAGUGGUGGUGUGGCGCACAGGCCCUUCAGCCAAACCUAAUUUUGAGGGCCUCAUCCACCGACCCACCUACAAACCUUCCACCUCCAACUACGACGCCCCCUCACCUCCUACUCGCAGACGUGUACCAGAUGUUACUGCCAGUAAAACCCCCCCAGCGGUGCCACCCCUCCCAGCCCACCACCGCACCGCUGCCGCCCGCAGGCUGCUGGUCAAUGGCUCAGAAGCCGGAAAUAGUAGCGGUGUAAGCGUAGGGACCCUGGCGUGGGGCGCCCAGGGAGGUUCAUCUGAGGAGCUGGAUGGGAAACCCCGUCUCCUCCACCACCCUCACACCGCCACACUGAAAGGAACCAGGGUGAAGGCAUCCAACGGGGACAACUAUAUCAUCCUGGCCCCCAUCAACCCUGGAAGCCAGAUCUUGAGGCCUGUUUACCAAGAUAACCAGGCAACCUUAGCAGCCAGGUUAUACCCUAGAAGGCAGGCUUCUGUUCCACAGCCACAGGGAGGUGGAGGAGGUGGUGGUUUUUCUGGAGGUACAACCAGCGGUGGUGGUCUGUCCAGUCGCACUGGCUUUCUACGGCGGUCCAACAACUCCAAAUCCACAAAGACGGCAUCCACCUCCACUAACUCUGCUGCACCCAACUACCAACAGCAGAAUGCCAAUUUUGCCAAUUACCAGAACUGCACCAUCGUACGCUCACACACACCACAUGGCAACUACGGAUAUGUCAAAGUGGCACCCAAGAUCCUUAUAUUUCCCAUCUUUGUGCAGCCUCUUGAUCUGUGCAGCCGAAACCUCAUCAUAUCAGAGGAGAUGAUACUGCAUGAGAGCCAGCACCACUCUCUUAAGGUUACAGUGUUUGUCUACAAUGACCUGAUGCUGGUGACUCGUGAAGAUGAACCAGGCAGGUGUAACGUCCUUCAGAGUCCGCUGUACCUCCGACAGUUGCGACUACAGGAUGAUUAUGCCGAAGAACUGAGAUUCUACCUUAUUCACAUGACCGAGAAGUGUGACUGCCUGCUCAGUCUGGAAGCAUACUCAGCAGACCAGAAGCGCCGUGUGUGUCAGUGCCUGAAGGACAACAUUGACAAGCAACUCCAGCUUUACAGGAGGGAGCCUCCCAUUUCACAUUUCGAACAGAUGUUGGAGCCUAAGGUGGACGCCCCUUCAUGUGAGCUUGGUGGAGCCGGAGGAGAUCGAGGAGGUGUGUGCCUCCACUUGCCAACUCGCAGCUCAGAGGGUGAGGAAAGCAGCCUGUACCCCUCCAGCCCCUCUGAGCCCCCAACUCUUGGAAGUCCUCACCCGUCAGAGCCCCUCAGUCCUCUGGAUGAAGUAUACCUGCCCCUGGGGGGUUUGAUGGGAUCUGAGGAGCGGCAUAAGGUGCCUCCCACACCGCCUCCUUCCACAGAAGGUGAGGACUGCAAGAGCAUGGAGGGGCAUGAGAUGGAAAUAUGGAGAGAAGGAAAAGAUGGAGAUGAGGAGAAUCUGAGAGAAGAAGAAGAGGAUGAAAUGGAGGAGGAGGAGGAUGGUGGAAGCAGCAGAAAGAGUGCAGGAAGUGAGAGGGAUGUGAAAGAGGAAGUAGUGGAGGGGGAAGAGGAGAGGAAUGAGAUCGAGGCCAACCUCAACCUGGUGGUGCUGAACACGGACGAGGACUAUGCCUCAGAUCCUCCCGACACAAACGCUCCCCCAUCCUCUUCCUCGUCUUCAUUUGUCAUUCCUGAACUGCGUCUGGAUCGGUCCUUCAGCGCUGAUGCCCUUUCCUCACCCAACACCGAUGAAGACGAAUAUGACGAAGAUGAAGACGAGGAGUCCGAGGAGGAGGACGAUGAAGAUGACAGUGAUGAUGCCUACCUGCAACGGAGUGACAGCAAACGCCGCAGCAUGGUGGAGGGCGCUACCUGUGAGAAGCACGGAGGGGGGGGGCUCAGUGUUCAGAACUCCCUCCGCAGACGCACCCACAGUGAGGGGAGCCUCCUGCAGGACCCCCGCACGCCAUGCUUCACCUCUGACAAUGCCAUCAACUGCCUGGAAGCCGGGAGCGGGCACCACAAGGGCGGCUGGACACUCCCAUCGCCCAAAACCCUGAAGAAGGAGCUGACCAAGAAUGGAGGCUCCAUGCAUCAGCUGUGCAUGCUGUUCUCUGGACGAAAGCUGAGCUCCGGAUCCCCCUGUAGCUGCGAGGUCAGCCCCGAAGGGACAAAGAAGAAGAAGCCCAAGAACCUGGCCAAAGACAUGAAGAAUCGGCUGGCUUUCCUGCGGAGGAGGAAUGAAUCCCCAGGAAGUAACCCAGCCGGCAAGUUAGACAAGUCUAUGAAGUCAGUCAAGCCCACCCCGGAGGAAGCACUCAAAUGGGGGGACUCACUUGACAAGCUGCUGGCACACAAAUAUGGUCUGGCAGCGUUCAGAGCUUUCCUGCGCACAGAGUUCAGCGAGGAGAAUCUGGAAUUCUGGCUCGCAUGUGAAGAAUACAAGAAGAUAAAGUCACAAUCCAAGAUGGCCUCGAAAGCCAAGAAAGUCUUUGCAGAGUACAUUGCCAUCCAGUCUUGUAAAGAGGUAAAUCUGGACUCGUACACCAGAGAUCACACUAAGGACAACCUGCAGAAUGUGACGCGGUCCUGCUUCGACCUAGCACAGAGGCGGAUAUACGGGCUGAUGGAGAAGGACUCAUACCCCCGCUUCCUGCGCUCAGAACUCUACUUGGACUUAAUCAACCAAAAAAAACAAAGCUCCACCUCGACUUCAUCUUCGUCAUAAAAUAAACAAACACACACGAGGAGGCAUGACACAAAGAAAAAAUGGGCAGACUUGAAAAAAAAAGUAGAGUGGGGGUGGGGGGGACGCGAGGUUCUAUGUUUGCCUUUUUUUUUUUUUUUUUUUUAAUUACAGUUUUGUGUGUGUCGUCCUGUCCACUAUGAGUUUUGUUUUGUAGUUGUGGUGUGUGAAGACGCAGCAAAGCUAUGGCACUGCAAAGGAAUGUAGUUUUUUCCCGGAUGGAUGGAGAGAUGCAUGGAUGGAUGGAUGGAUGGAUGGAUGGAUGGACCCAGGCCCAUUUGUGAGAGGGGCUGGUGCAGGAGCUGGACGCUUGUCUGAUCACUGUUGCAUUUUUUUUUGUUUUUGUUUUUUUUGUUUUUUUUUUGUUUUGUGAGUAUCAAGUGUCUUGUCCGAAAAAAAGACAUUUGUUUGUGUUUUUUUGUCCAGUUGUACUGGAGAAAAGGAGGGGUUUCUCCUAAAAAAAAAAAACCCUGCAGACGUGAAGACAGUCCGGUACUGUUUUGUCACUUUUUUCCCCCUGUUUCUGUUCCUUUUAAAUCCCCUCCUUUCCUCCACAAUGUUCUCUUUGAAGCCACUUCAAAGCUGCCGGUACGAUGCAAAAGUCCUUUUCUUUCCUUAUAUUCUUUGCGUUUUUCCAUCAGUCUCCAAACUAAGUUAAUGGAGAGGUCAAAGCGUUUGAGAUGACGAUGUCUGAGUAUAAACACAUUGCCCUGCAUCCUCUCCAAAGCUUCUGUAAACGGCUCUCACCGUUUUAUCAUGUUCUGACUGUGGAAAUUUACUGUGAAUGUUGGACAAAAAUGACAGAGAUGGAGACGAGACACGGGGCGAAGAACACGCAUGUAUAAACAAUGGACGGACGGACUGGAGCUGUGAUGAAACGCAGAUACGUGUUGCCAUCGCAGUUAAGAGUGACAUUCAAAGCCAGAGGUGGAAAGAAAGAGAGGAAAAGAAAUGUCUGGCUUCCUGCUGUCUCCAAAGACUGUUUACAACAAGGAACGAAAAUUCAAGGUGGAAAAGAAACAUGUUCCGCGCAGCCAAAACCACAUUUCCUUUAACAUUGUAGCUCAUUCUGGACUAAUGAAGGAAGCAUUCUCAGGACAGGUUCCCAGCUUGGUUUCUCUUCUGUAACAAUUUUUGUACACAUUCACUGUUUUUCUAUCUGUGUUAGGGUCAAAUCAACACUCGUAGUUCUACUGAGCAAUGCUCAUUUCAUGGUCUGAGUUUAAAAAAAAAAAGUUGUACAAAGGUUUUGCCUAUUUAUUUAGAUGAUAACUCGCUGGAUGCUUCUCACCUCCUCCUCUCCUCCAAAGCACUCAGCUAAAAGCUCUCACUUCCCUCUUAACCACCAAACAGGUUCAAUGCUGUCCUGAACUUUAAGUGCAAUAUUUGUUUUUUUUAUUUGUAUUUUAUUUUAAUAUUAUUUCUAGUUUGUUCAUUUAUUUGGAUAAUUAUGAUUUUUUUAUGGGAAAAAAAGAAAAACGGCUUUAGCUCUGUAUUAACUUAAUUUGUUAAGAGAAAAAAAACUUAGAGCUAUAAGGUUGAGUUACGACGUAAACUUUCAAGAACCGUAAGUAGUUUAAUGAAUUUUAAGCAAACGAUUCUAACUGUAUGUGAUCCCCCACUGGCAGCAGGCAGCUGGAGGGGGGCGCCGUUAUGGUUGUAAAUAUAAUUCUUAAAGAAAAUUAUGUGAUAACACAUUAAAAACAAACAAAAAGCCAAUAGGUCUCUGCUGGUGAGAAACAUGGGACCCAGCUGUACCGAUGUAAAUAUGAGAGACUCAGAACUAUAAGAUGACAUGUAUUGUUUAAAAACCCAAAAGGUGAAUGAGGGCGGGCUCUGUCCGUCCUUUUCCCCUGGUCAUACACUGCUUGUAAGGAGUUUUUCUGAAAUGCAUUUUAUCAUUUUCACUGUUUACAAUUCAAAAUGCAUCUCCUAUGAUAGCAAGUGAAAACAGUAGUACAUUUGGUGUCAUUGCUAAUGAUAAAUAAACCAACCAACUGAUGAAGUCA